UCCAAAGCGGCUGAGUGACAAGGCCGUGGGCGCCAGAGGGCGCCGCAGGGUUCCAAAGCCAAAACCCGAAGGAAGGCUUUACGCUAGGACCUCGGGGAAACCUGGAAGAAGGCGAUUUUGAUCGGCUUUGUCUCCGCCCCCUAACGCCGGCAGUCUUUCAACAAUGUAGCCAACCACCGGUCUCCACAUCCAGUUACGUCACCUUAGGACGCCCCCGCUCCCCAAAGUCCCCCACAGGGUUCUUGUUGGGGCUGUCCAUGAGACCGCCUUGUUGGAAACACUCAGAAUUGGGCCUUUUCCCGUGGAAGCCUGAGGUUCUCCGGCCUGCGAGAAAGGCAUCGAGGCCUGGAGGCGCGCCUUCCUCGAGGAAGUAUGUCGAGAGACCCCGCAGGCACUUCCGCCGCCGCCUCCCGGAUCUGGCAUCUGCGAAGAUAGCCUCAGGGCCUUGCGGCGCCGGCGGUCGCAGGCAGCCCCUAUGAGGGCCCCGUCGCCGGUGUGCGAUGUCCGGCUGGAGCUGCCGCUGCCCGCGCCUCCGCCGCCGUCAUCUCUGGGGACUCUGAGCGAGGCUCGCGCCGGUCCGGCCCCGCGCCUCAUGGCCGCCAGCGGCGCCCUGGUGCCCGAUCGGCUGCGCUUACCGCUCUGCUUCUUCGGCGUCUUCAUCUGCUAUUUCUAUUACGGGAUCCUGCAGGAGAAGAUCACCAGGGGAAAAUAUGGGGAGGGUGCCAAACAAGAGAAGUUCACAUUUGCCUUAACCUUGGUCUUCAUCCAGUGUGUGAUCAAUGCAGUAUUUGCCAAGAUCUUGAUCCAGUUUUUUGACACUGCCAGGGUGGAUCGGACCAGGAGCUGGCUCUAUGCAGCCUGCUCUCUCUCUUAUCUGGGUGCCAUGGUCUCCAGCAACUCUGCAUUACAGUUUGUCAACUACCCAACUCAGGUCCUUGGCAAAUCCUGUAAACCUAUUCCAGUUAUGCUCCUUGGAGUGACCCUCCUGAAGAAGAAAUACCCAGUGGCUAAAUACCUCUGUGUACUCUUGAUAGUGGCUGGAGUGGCCCUCUUCAUGUACAAGCCCAAAAAGGGGGUUGGAGCUGAUGAGCAUUUGGUUGGCUAUGGAGAACUACUUCUGCUGCUGUCUCUGACACUGGAUGGACUGACAGGUGUCUCCCAGGAUCACAUGCGAGCUCAUUACCAAACAGGCUCUAACCACAUGAUGCUGAACAUAAACCUCUGGUCCACAUUGCUCUUGGGAGCUGGAAUCCUGUUCACUGGGGAAUUCUGGGAUUUCCUUGGCUUUGCCGAACGAUAUCCCAGUGUCCUUUACAACAUCCUUCUGUUUGGUCUAACCAGCGCCCUGGGUCAGAGCUUCAUCUUCAUGACGGUUGUGUACUUUGGCCCUCUGACAUGCUCCAUCAUUACCACAACUCGCAAGUUCUUCACUAUCCUGGCGUCUGUGAUCCUCUUUGCCAACCCUAUCAGCUCCAUGCAGUGGGUGGGCACUGUGCUGGUGUUCAUGGGUCUUGGCCUAGAUGCCAAGUUUGGUAAAGGUUCCAAGAAGACAUCCCUCUAGUAAAAUCAAGGAUUCACUCCAAGGCCAUUUAACUUAUUUUCUCGAAUCUUUGUCUCCCUGAGAACUGGACUCAAGAAGGGGAGAUGAGCAGAUUCUGUUGUUGUUUGAGUUUUUUUGUUUGUUUGUUUUUUAAGAAAGAAAUCAUAGGUUCUAAAAAAGUCAUAUUGUUGCUUGGGUUUCAUUUUCAUUUUUGUAUUUUCUUAUAGGAAUGAAUAAUGACUUGUUUGUGAUAAGAUGGGGGGGCGGGGCAAUAAUAUGGCCUUCCUCAAUAAAAAGAAGAGGGAGAGUUUAA